UCCCCAGUUCCUGGUGCUGAAUUUCAUCCUUUCUUCCUAGCUCUGUUCUAGGUGGCAAGAGCCAUGCAGUUCUCCAACUCAGCCCAGGCAGCAGAUGAGAACUUUGACUAUUUGUUCAAGAUUAUCCUCAUUGGGGAUUCCAAUGUGGGGAAGACGUGUGUGGUGCAGCAUUUCAAGUCUGGAGUCUACACUGAGACACAGCAGAACACGAUUGGAGUGGACUUUACCGUGCGCUCUCUUGAUAUCGAUGGCAAGAAAGUGAAGUUGCAGGUGUGGGACACAGCUGGCCAGGAGCGCUUCCGCACCAUCACCCAAAGCUAUUACCGCAGUGCCCAUGCGGCCAUCAUCGCCUAUGACCUCACUCGCUGGUCCACGUUUGAGUCCAUCCCUCACUGGAUUCAUGAGAUAGAGAAAUAUGGAGCUGCAAAUUUGGUCAUUAUGCUGAUCGGAAAUAAAUGUGACCUCUGGGAAAAGCGGCACGUCCUGUUCGAGGAUGCCUGCACGCUGGCUGAGAAGUACGGCCUCCUGGCUGUUUUGGAGACAUCUGCCAAGGAGUCCAAGAACAUAGACGAAGUCUUUGUGCUCAUGGCCAAGGAGCUGAUCGCCCGCAACAGCCUGCACCUCUAUGGGGAAAGUGCCCUGAAUGGCCUCCCUCUGGACUCCAGCCCAGUUCUUAUGGCCCAGGGUCCAAGUGAAAAGACCCACUGCACUUGCUAAGAUGUUUGCAAAGCCAGCCACACCCACCAAAGAGGCAGUCUCUGAAACCAAAGGCAGCCAGGAUACCCUCGUAUUGCCCCAGUGGCACUUCAGAACCCAGCGUGAAUUUGCUGCUCACCCCUAAUCCUCGUCGUCUGGAUGGGCCGCACUUCUGCCUUGACUCAGACCACAGGUCGUAGCUGCUGACCCUCAGGAAAAGCAACACCAUUGUUUUUGUCGACUCUUGACUCCUGGAGAAACCAGGACUUCUGAACGAAGUGUAUUCUUCUCCCCUUUCAAUUUCUGCCUCCCCAAUGCUUCCGCUGCUUUCUACUGAAUUUUAUUUCAUGCUCAAAGAAGAGGGUAGUGAAGGAGAGGAGGGAGGAGAAACAGCAAGAGAGAGAAGAGGCUGUUUGGAACAUUCUGGAAUAGUUUGAAACAGCUCAGGCAGGAAGAAUUGAACAAAAGCCCGCAAUGAGAAACCAGAAUGCUGCUAUCAUUUUGCUCCUGAUAUUCACAGCUCAGGUCUUCACUCCGGGGAGCGAAGCCUUUUAGCAGAAAUACCAGAAGUACCGUCUUGCCAAAUGGUCAGGAACUGUCUGAUGGAGAUGGAAAUGGAAUUCCCUCUAUUAUAGCAGGGCUGACUUGGCCACCUUCCUGGGAUAGGGCAGACACCUGCAAUUUUUCUUUCUUUUUUUUGAAACAGGGUCAUACUCUGUCACCCAGGCUGGAGUACUAGUGUGGGAUCUUGGUUC